ACGGGGCGGGGCUCCGUCUGUUGUCAUUGGUGUUCCAGCCAAACAAACAUGGCGGCACCCAUGGAGCUGCUGUGCUGGGGAGGCGACUGGGAUUUGCCUUCUGUACACGCGGAAUCGUUAAUAGUGCUGGCAUAUGCUAAAUUUGCUGGUGCCAAACUUACAGUCAAGUUAGUGGACUGGACAUGGAGGACUCUCACAGCCACCAUUCCACAACUGUACUAUGAGGGAUCUUCAGUUACAGAACCUACACAGAUUCUCAACCUUCUGAGGCAAAAUAGAUUCAACGCAGAUUACGAGCUUUCCGCUAAGCAGGGAGCUGACACCAUGGCCUACAUUGCUCUCCUGGAGGAAAAACUGCGUCCAGCAUUGCUCCAUACAUUCUGGGUGGAUGCGGAGAACUACGCCAACCUGACAAGGCCUUGGUUUGCUUCUCGCUCUCCAUUCCCUCUCAACUUUUUUGUCCCAGCUCGCCAGGCGAGCGUGGCUCUCUCCAGGAUCCUCCUGACCAAAGCGGAAGCUCCGCUGCAUUCAGUUGCAGAGGUGGAAGGAAAGAUCUACAGUGAAGCCAAGGAGUGUCUGAAUUUGCUCUCACACAGAUUAGGGUCUUCAAACUUCUUUUUUGGAAACACGCCUACAAGUUUGGAUGCCUUUGUGUUUGGCUACCUUGCACCACUCCAUAAGGCCAAUCUGCCCAGUGCUCAGCUCCAGCAGCACCUAAAACAGCUUCACAAUCUCUGCCAGUUCUGCACUAACAUCCUUAAAAACUACUUUUCCGAAGCCGCCUCUGGCUCUUCUUCUGCUAGCCAGGAUGCAGUCGAUGCAAACCUCCAGAAACUGACGCAGCUUGUUAACAAAGAGUCCAACCUUAUUGAAAAGAUGGAUGAUAAUCUGCGCAGUAGCCCUCAGCACAGGCCCAGACGGCCCCAUAAACCUGAAACCAAACCUUCAUCUCUGGCCACUGAGAGGAACUUGACCCCCGCUUGAAAACCUCACGUGGUAUCAUUCUUUAUCUAUUUAUGCUCUGAUUAUCCAAGUGGCACUAAAAUGAGCAUGUACGCAGAAGUUAUACGUUUCCUCAAUCACUGUAUAUUUAUACACAUUCGUUGAACAAAGGUAGUAAUUAUUGAAUGUUUUUUUUUUUUUCUUUCUUUCCAAUUUUCUCUUACUGAGUUAUAUUAUUGUCCUGAUCUAUAAGAUUGUGUUUAUACAUCAGUAAUAAAUCAUUGGUGGUUAGCCAAAUACUAAUCACAACAAUGAAAUAUCAUUGUCUGUUGCCAUGACUAACACCCUUUGCCAUUAGUGAAAUUAUAUAUUUUGUAAUACGCGCUGUGUACACACAUAUCUGAUAACAUCUUCCCAUCAGCGGUGUGUCAAAACAGAUCCUUUGAGACGUGUUAAUACGUGCCGAGCCUGAAUUACGAUUCAUUUUGUUCAGCUUCUCAAUUUUUUCUCUAUUUUUUAUUUGUUAUUAUGGUUGUCAUUAUAUAUUAAGGUUGGGCUUAAACAGUUCGUACCACAUCAUAACAGUUAAUCAAUGUGUCGGCGCGUCACAGUCAGAAAUCAUCAGCCAGUGGCAAGUUAAAUAUAACACAAUUAUAGCUUCUCCAUUCAGGUAAAUAUAUCGUUCAGCUUUAGGCUCCUGAACACAUCGACACAAACAGUAACUAACAUAUAUGGACUAUUCUGUUUUUAUUAUUAUUAUUAUUAUUAUUAUUAUUAUUAUUAUUAUUAUUAUUAUUGUUGUUGCACACCACUUCUUUAUUAUUAUUAAUUUUUGUAUAUUUUUUGUUAUAAACUGCUAUAUUUUAAACCAAACUGAUCUCUUUUUUGUUGUUGUUUUUUGUAUACGUGCCUUUUCUUAAUAUCCAAUAUCCAAAUGUAAUUUCAUGACCAUGAACAUGGUUAAAAUGAAAUGAGAAUAUUUUCACAUUGUGAGCAUGCCAGGAGUGCUCAGGCGAUGCACUGCACAGUUUAUUGUACUGAAAAAAUAAAUUAAUUAAAACUAUAAAUUCACUUCA